CCCUGCAACCCCCUCCAAUACAAAGACAAAACCCACAAGCGAAAAGGUGUUCUCUUUUCGAGAGUUUCUUAAUUCCCAAGUUUCUGAAAAUGGAGAGGAAGGAAAACAGAGUUUCUAACUGGGUGAGGGGGAGCUGCGUAGGCAGGGGAUCGUUCGGGAGCGUGAGCUUGGCGGCCGACAAGUCGGACGGCCGGGUUUUCGCGGUGAAGUCGGUCGAGCGGAGUCCGGGUUCGGAGUCCCGAAUCGAGGCGCUGGAGAACGAGAUUCGGAUUCUCAAAUCGGUUUCGUCGCCCUGGGUGGUGGAGUACCUGGGCGACGACGCGACGGUCGAGGCAGGCGGCGCGGCGUCGUUCCGGAACCUCCACUUGGAGUACCUGCCGGGUGGCACCGUUGCUGACAUGGCGAAGCAGAGACGAUACACUGGUAGUGGUGGCGUGUACGACGAGGAAAUCAUCCGGUCGUACGCGUGGUGUAUGGUCUCUGCUUUGAAUUGCGUUCACUCCAGGGGCAUUGUCCACUGCGACGUUAAAGGAAAGAACGUCCUCGUGGGACAGGCAGUCGGCCAGGCCAAGCUCGCGGAUUUUGGAUCCUCUGCGGAGUUUGACGCCGGCGAGGUGGUGGUGGCGCGGGGGAGUCCGCUGUGGAUGGCGCCGGAGGUGGUUCGACGAGAGUACCAGGGGCCGGAGUCUGACGUGUGGUCGCUGGGGUGUACGGUCAUCGAGAUGGUCACCGGGGACCCCCCGUGGGAGGAUCGAGGAGUCGACACGCUGUGUCGAAUCGGUUACUCGGACGAGUUGCCGGAGGUGCCGGCACGGUUGUCGGAGCUGGGCAGGGACUUCGUCGACAAGUGUCUGAGGCGAAACAGAGUCGAGCGGUGGAGUUGCGAUCAGCUGCUGCAGCAUCCGUUCAUAUCGAAAUCAGCGCCGAUAACGCACUCAUCGCCUCGCUGCGUUCUCGAUUGUUCGAGGUCAGAGUUCUACGACGAAGAAAGUGAAAUUGAAGUAGAAGAAGAAGAGGUCUCCGAAUUACGACUCGAUUCCGUCAGGGAGAGAAUCGGUAAAUUAGCUUCGAGCGCGGGGGCAAUUUGGGAAUCCGACGGCUGGGAGGUGGUGAGGAAUUUGGCUAUCGGAAACAGAGCAGAACAAAUUCCCAUUCUAAAUUCGGAAUAUUCGGAUUUCGUGACGAGAGAUAGAGAAACGGAAGGGACGAGUUCUGAAUAUUCCGAUUCGACGGGAAUUGCAACGGCGAAUUUGGAAUUUCCCGGCUUUGGCGGUGGUGUACCGGCGGAAUGUUUCGGUGGGAGCUGUCGUCAUGGGCCGCGUGCGGCGGUUAGGGCGGUGGACGCUGGAGGCCAAGACUUUACAGCUGGAGCUCGCGUUAAAUGUUUAUUAGAAAUUUCGUUGUAUUUCCCACCACGCGCAUGUAACUCGUUAAUGAUUAUUAUAAUCUUCGUUAUUUUAAUUUUAUUUGAGAUCCAACCGGUCCAUGUGAACAAACUUCUCCCAACUAUAACUUCCUGUUACUUUUUGAAUUAUCUAAGUAAUUUCUCAUAUUUGGAAUCUCAACUUCCCUGAAA